AGCUAAAGUUCAACUUUACAGAUCCCCAGAAUGAUUGUGGCCAGGCAGCCAUUAAACUAUGUGCGGAAGGAAGUGCAAUUAUUGCUGAAAUCCAGAGACUAUGAAGAUUUAUUUCUCUUGUAUUCAAAGAUGAAGAAUCCUACGAAAGAAGAGUUUAAUCCAAGAUUAUGAAGAUGAGAUCCAGAACACCGUUGAAUUGAUUGAACUAGAUGAAAACUUCAGAGAAUCUUAUAUAGACAUCAUCGAGAGAUUCUAUCAGCUAUAUACAAGUAUUUAUCUUUACUAUCAGAAUUUUGUCAAGUAUCUCGACAAUUCAGGGACGGUUUCUUCUUUGAGUAUACUUUUGAAGGUAUUUUGCUAUUGAGAGACUGCAGACAACUAAUGGCUGAGCUUCUCUAUAACUAUGGAGUCAUGUUGAUACUUUUGGAUAGGCUUACCCCAUCAUACUCUAGAGAGAGGAUCUUAGUCGGCUAUUAUAGAUACAAAGGACAAUCAUCCAUAGGAAACAUUAAAGAAAUUUUUAACUCUGCGGUGGUACAGGAUAUUCCUCUGGUUCUUCAUUUCCUAAAGGGUAUCCCAUCAAGUAUUUCGAUAGGUUCUGCUUUGGCAAAAACAUUGUCGAGCAAAUAAAAAGUGAUGAUAUUUACCAAAUGCUGAACUCUUAUUCUUCAAUACAUCACAAAUCUACAACUUUAGCUCAACAAGGAACCAUGAUUUUGUCUGCUCAUUCUUCCUGCCCAAACUUUUAGAGGAUGAAGAGACAAAGAUGAGAGAAAUAGUUGAUAAACACUUCUAUGAUAACUGGGUCAUCCCUGUAUAUCAAGGAUAUCUAGUGGACAUUACUCAGUACUGAGGUCAGUUUGAAGCUUCCAGAAAAGCCAUUAAAAAUAACAUAAACGAGAAGAAGGUUACACAAAUAGCACUUUACCAUCAAGAUAAAGUCAAAACUCUUCGGAAAGACCUCAGACUUUACCUAAAGCAAGGCAAAUUAUUAGAUGAGUACGUUCUUGACAAUGUUCAGCCCCUCUUGCAAUGCCUAAGAGAGUGCAACAUCACUAUUAGAUGGCUUUUAUUACACAGGAAUUGAAGGAGUAAAUCUCUCAGAGAUAUCAUAUUACCCAAUCACGAGACUGACGAUAUUAUUGAGCUCCUUCUAGCUACUUCAAAGUUUGAAAAAGAGCUGAAAGAUCUAUUUGAGAAUUUGGUCAAAACAAAAAGUGAGGUAUGGGCCAAAGAUAAAGGAGAGUGCGUGUUUUACAUACAUGAAAUUGCCGAAUACUUUCUGGAAAACAGAUAUAUGGGUAAACAAUAUGUUGAUGAAAACUACUCCAACUGGUUCAAACAGAUUGGGGAGAGAAUAGAAAACCUCUCUUAUAAACAUUCGACUGUUGCAGGAAGAAUUAUCAAAUCUAUCGUUCAGGCCCUAGAUGAUAUUGAGAUUUAUGAGCCUAUUGAAACUAACAUUCAGAUUAAGCACUUUAUACAAGAGACUAAGAAAGGCCUCCUCCACAUGGUUCGUAGCGUGAAUGUGAAAAGAUCGUAUCUAGUAAAUAUUUCCCAUAUAAGUGAUUUCUCAUAUGCAUGGAAGGUAAUUGAUGAUUAUAUGCUGCAAAUCCAAGAGAGAAUCAAAGAAAAGCCUCCUACUGUUCUUCUCAUUAAAACUUUAUUCAAGAAACUUGCAUCUAUUAUGAAUCUCCCUCUUGGAAGAAUGAUGGAGGCUAACAAUAAUGAUAUCGAAAACAUUGCUAUGUACUACUCCUCAGAGCUAGUGAAGUAUGUCAAAAGAGUACUCCAAGUAAUCCAAACUUCAAUAUUCGAAAACCUUGAAGAGAUCUCUAACUUACUAAUUUCGAAGAUACCAGAGCUCCCUGUAAAAAUGUCAAAGGAUGAACUGAAGAAUUACACUGCAUUUGAAGACAGAUACCAACUAGCGAAGUUAACACAAAAAAUCUCUGUAUACACUGAAGGUAUUCUUUGCCUUGACAAAGCCCUCAUGGGAGUGAUCCAAGUAGAUCCGAAGGAGAUACUAGUUGAAGGAAUUAGGAAAGAACUAGUCAACAAUGUUUCAAGGCUCAUUCACCCUGUCUUUAUCUUCAGCACCAAAGAUGAUAAUAAUGAACUUCAGAAUAAGCUAGGCAAACUUACUGCAAAAUUUAAAGGUCUCAAGAAAUCAUUCGAAUAUAUUCAAGAUUUUCUCAACAUCCCUGCUGAGCAAAUUUGGAGAGAAGAAGUCUCUAGAAUUUUCAGAUAUAGUCUUGACAAAGAAGAAAUGAAUGUAAUCACCAAGAAGAUGGAAUUGAACAGCCUUGAUAUGGGUAUUCCAAUCCCUCAAUAUCCAACUCCAGAGAAUGAUAAAAGCCCUAGUUUCCUUGGAAGAAAGAUGAACCAGCUUGCUAGUAUCUUAUCGCCAGAUAAGGUACUCUAUCUUGACCAAGUCAGUAACUUCUACUCAACAGAGACUGGCAGACAAGUGUUUGGGCUCAGAAAUAGCCUUGAUCAAAUACUCAGCUACAGAAUAGUCAAUGACGUCAAAGUAUUCAUCAGAGAGUACGGCCGAAUGAUCGGUGGAGGAGGAAUCAAGAAACAGGAUAGUAUAAAAUCUGGAACUAGAGUUGAAAAUCUUAAGCAUACAUUAAAGACAUUUGAAAGAGGAAUUCCUGACUUUUAUACUGCUACAGAAGCCCAAUAUAAAGGAUAUUCCCUUCUCAUGGACUCUUUCAAACCAGUGUAUUCUAAACUUAUAAAUAUAAAGCUGAUUAAAGAAUGCAAUAAAGAUAGAUUUUACUUCCAUCUGAUUUUUAUGAUUCAAUCUCACUGAUCCAAAAUUUGCUCACAAGGCCAGCUACAACUAGUCCGCCGCAUAGUGCUCAGUCAUCUGAACUUUGUUGCAAAAGUGGAGACUCCAUUCUUCUAUUCCUGUCUUUCGAAUCUAAAUACCUCUACUUUCUAUUCAAUGGAAGUCCUUAAAACUCGUGCUCAAGAGAUAAAAGAAGAAAUUAUAGAAGAAAUGACCCCCAAUACUAAGAGAAAAAGAGAAAAUAGCGAAGAACACCACAGAGAUGAGACCAAGGAACCCAUUCAUAAGGUCUAUGUUCUGACUAAAGAUCUUGACUAUAUGGCACUUAAUAUGCUUUUGAUGACUUUGAUAGCUUCUAAUCAUCUACAAUAUGAUUUGAAUGUCAAUUCACUUGUGAGAAAGAACAAGAACUCAAAUAUAGACGGACCUUGUUUCGUUAUGGGGUUGAUCACGAUCUUCAAGCAGUUUCAUAACUCAUAUUUUAAGAAAUACCUAGUGUAUAUGUCACACUACAUAAAGUCUUCAAUCGAAGUCUCCAAAGACAAAGGAUCUCUCCAAAAGCAAGGGUGCUACCCUGAAGAUGUUACUAUUCUGUUUGGCAUCCUUGAAGAAAUUCUCAGAUUUGGUAAAUACGACAGAGAAGUUAUUAAGCAAGUUAUGGGAGUCAACUUCCUCUUCGAUAAUUUCAAGAGCAUUCCAGGAGGGUCUCAUAAAAAGUAGAUCAUUCAAUAUAGAAA